AUGGCGACCGGGUGGACACAAUUUCAGCCUUGGCAAAAUCAGCCUCUUCCUCCAGGCUGGGAAGCGAGAUAUGAUGCAAACGUCAGAAGAUAGUAAGUAUCCUCGAACGAACGGCUAAUGUAUUUUGCAGGACGGCUUUUAAGAAAAUAAGGCUGACCUCCUUGAGAUACAAUAUAAAUUCCGGUUUCCGCUGAAUCGAAUUCGAGCAGCCGUCGCUCGUUACCACCAAAAACACGAAUCAAAUGUCUAUUUGGAAAAUAUUAACAGCUUUCUGCCAUCAGUUCUCUUAGAUAUUUCACUUGAAAUGUACUGUAACAUAAUUACCACCCUGACUUGCAUGAUUUUCACGCUUUUUUUUGUUGUCAUCUCCAACUUUAUAAUUUAUGAAACUUAUGUAUCGGUCAAAUCGAAGCUUCAACAUCCCCCCCCUGGCAACCCCCGGGCAUUUGACUUUUUUUGAAAAUUAUUGUUCAAAUUCCCCCCUACCUGGGCCAAAAUGCCGUUCAAACGCCCCACACUAUGCUCCAUUCAGGUGAUCAAAUGCCCCCACCCAGGGGACAUUUCACAGGCACAUAAAUGACGGAAGGACAUCAGAAACGCCUACAGUUGUCGAACAAAACCUUUGUACAGCAAAUAAUCCGCAUUCAAAAUAACAAAAACUGAGAAACACUGUUAGCGUAAUUACUAAGAACAAAAGUCUUGUGUAAAGCGGUGGAAAUCGCUGCUACAAGGUCACUGAAGGCUCAGAGUUUCUUCAUGUGUCAUGCAACAUACAAAGCGUUCUUUAGAAAAAAUCCCACCUAUUGAGAUUACUACAUCAUGUCAAAUUCACUGACAUGCAUCAUCGCUCACUUGAAUUGCGGUAUAUGUAUUGUAAUUCGUUAUAAACACAACUUAAUACAUUUAUUUAUUCAAAGCCUGAAUCCAAUAUUAAAAAUAUUAAAAUUUAAAUACCUUCAAAUACGGCACAAAAACCUCGUAACCAAUUGGCCACAAAGACACAAUCUUUUCCACGAAAAUCCUCUAACAGCGCGUCCCCCAUGACAACUCGUCAUACCAGAAAUUUCACAUGAAUAUUGAGGGUGCAGUUCAAAUUCCCCACCCCUAACGCAUGGGGAUCAAAUUCUCCAUCCCCUGGAAGACUGAUAAUCAAAUUUCCUCCUCCCUUGGACGGCGAAGGUGUCAAAUGCCUGAGCUAUGCCGGAGGGGGGGAUGUUGAAGCUUCGAUUUGACCGAUACAUUAAGCUUAUUGUUUCCGUAACAGUGAGUAAACAUUCAUAAAAAGAUCAAUAAAUAAAAUAAUACUUAAGGCUAACCACGGUAAGCUAGAGAUCAAAAGUUUUAAGCUUACCGUAUGUUUGUUUAAUAGAAGAUACAGUCGACUCCCGAUAACUCGAACCCUCGCUAACUCGAACCAAAAUCGAUUUCCCCUGGAUUUCCGACACACAUUGACUGUAAUUUUACCCUUGGUAAUUCGAACCCUCAAUAACUCGAACUCCCGCUAACUCGAACCAAUUUUUGUGUCCCUUCAGGUCAUUUUCUAUAUAGUUUUACCCUCAAUAACUCGAACCAUGUUUUGAGCCCUUAAAAAGUCAGGAAAAAAGCCGUCUACUGGCGUCCGAAACAUUGAAUUUUGCAUUUCCUAUUGACGUGUUGUAGGAGUAUAGUUUACUAGUGCAGGCUAAUGUUGAUUGUCACAGGCUAACGUGAAGCAGUGUUUCUUCUCAAAACAGUAAAACGCAUUCUGUAUUUAGGCUACGUUUUGUUGCAUUACAUUCUGAUUUAUAAUCUAAAAGUUUCUUUUAAUUUUCACUUGACAUUUCUACAAUUAAAUGUGAUUAAAAUGUUCACUGUGCAGUAAAAACUGUUUUUUACCUUACUCUCGGCUAUUCUCUUCGAACUCCCGGUACUCGAACUCGUGAUAACUCGAACCUUUUUUUGAUUUCCCUUGAAGGUUUGAGUUAUUGGGAGUUGACUGUACAACGUUAACAGCUGAUUUAUGAUCCUGAGUCAUUGAUAAUGUGAAUUUGAUUUUAAUAUUUUGGUGUAAUUUUGUUGUGACUUUUUAGCUAUUUCAUUGACCACAAUACGCACAAGACAACUUGGGAGGACCCUAGGAUAAAAAAAACAGAAGCCAUUCCUAUGAGCCAAUUCAAGGUGAAAUGGAAAGGAUACUUAACACAAUGAGGGAUAGCCUCCCAUGCAGGCAUUUUUAGGGGAGUUGUAUUUCCUCCCUUCCCAAAAGAGGAAAGGAGGAAGGGAGGAAAUAUGGCCUCUGCGAGGGAGGCUAAUUAAUAAACCUUGCCUGUGCUCAGAAGAAUACAGGCAAUACAAUUUUGUAUCCUAAUCAGUGGUUUUGUUACCCCUCAAAAAUUAGUUAGAUAAAUUGGCCUGUGGCAUCAUGGUUUCAAAUUAUUUUAUUUUACAACUGUGGAAAAACUGAUGAAACCUUCACACUUUGGUACAAGGGUUAAUGUUAAUGUUGAAUUGUGUGUUACAAGCUCUAGAGUGGCUCAAUUUGUCAUUUCCCUGAUUUUUUGCAGUAUUAAAAUGCAACAUCAAAUUUACUCACAUCAUUCUGUUCUAAAUCGCAUCAUUUCUAUUCUAUAUUGCACCAUGUUUGCUUUUUUGUUUUGCAUACAAAAUGAAAUGUAGAAACCUUUUGUUUCCACUUUUCAGCAAACUGGCUACAGAUCAAUAUAAGUUUGGUACUGAAAUAAACUGAAUUCUGCUAUUUAAUCAUAGCUGUAAUAAAGUGGUAAUUGAACUUUGUGUCAUGUAAUUUUGGUCUGAAAUCAUACUUGUGAGUUUCAUGGUUCAUACAAUCUUGAAAAGGUCUUAAAUUUUACUAGUUGUCUUAAAAAGUCCUUCAAUUUGGUUUAGGACUUAAGGUCCUUGAAAAGUACUUGAUUUCUUUAUUAGGGUCAGUUGAAAAGUCCUUGAAAUUCACAACCUUGUCUACACCAGAGACCUUUUCUGUAAAAUUAGAUUAUUUUGGCGAGGAAAAUUUGGUUCAUCCUCGGUGUAAGAACCUGUAAAACGCACAGGUGACGUAAAAACAUUUUUGUGCAUGAACAAUAUUUUAUUACUGUUUCUUUAUUUCAAAUGCUAGUUCUGUACCCAAGUCUUAGUCAUACCCAGUCACUCUGCAAAGUCUUCUUGCAAAAAGUAGAAGGCUGAUUUAGCAACAGAACGGGAACGUCAGUUGAUGAUGGUAUGCGCAAAUCAAAGAACUGGUUUGACCAAUGGCAGACUAGCAAAUUGAGCACCGGAAGUCAUGUUUAGUCCUUUCCUUGCGCUUUCCCGUCGUCAACUGACGUUCCCGUCCUGUUGCUAAAUCAGCCUAGUAUAAAAUAAUGUGAUCAAUGAUGGCCGAAGAAAUACAACUUGUUAAUGACUCUAUGAUGUGUUUUAGCCAAUACAGACCGUAGGAUGCCGAUUUAUUAAAUAAAUCUUAGUUCUUGAAAACUGUAAUUUGGCCUUGAAAAUUUCUUGAAAAGUCUGUGAAAUUUGUUUGUCUGACUUUGUAUGAAGCAUGGAUUUCAAAUCGAACUCACAGUAAAAUCAUGCAUAUGAUUUCAGACCUUAUACUACUACAUGAGAAAUUUCUGCAAUUUGAUUGGCUUAGAGCAGUGGUAUUUCAGCUUAAUUUGAAAUACCUACAUGUGAAAAUUACAAAACUAUUGGGGGUAGUAGUAUAAACAAAUAGUAGUAUGAUUGGUACGUGAUAUUUGGUAUAAAUACCACUCGUUAUAUUUCAAAAUAAUUUGUCUCAAAUUUCACUGGCCUACCGGCUCGUGAAAUUACGUAUAACAAUUCGAAGUAUCACUUGUGGUAUUUAUGCCAAAUAUCACUACAAAUCAUGCUAUUACCAAUACAAAUUACCCUCCACUUAGUUCAAUUAGCAUUAUAAAUUAAGAUGCCCAUAUAUUAUUAUUGAACAUUUGCAACGGUAAUUGUAGUUGGUUGUUCUUGUACUGCUACAUCUACAUGUACUAUUACUUUUUUUGUCUUAAUGUAGACCUCAUCUAAAGCUGAUUCAAGCUCCAGUCGGCGGGUAAGAUACUCAGUAACUGAGAUAUUUUGUUCUUCUAGCUGACUUUAAGAAUUGGAAUGUUUCUUUAGUUUCUGAAACUUAUAAGUUGUCAUUGUUCUCUGUUUGCCGUGUGUAUCAAAAGCAAUGUCAUCAACCUGGUGUGAUGAUGAGGUAACUUUUUGAUGAAAGUUGGAACAUUUUUGUUUUGUUAGUGGAAAAGUUAUCUUUCGGAGUGGUACUCAGUAUUUUAGACUGUCAUGGUUAAGUUACUACAUUGUAUUUAUCUAUCAAUACAUGUAAAUCAGUAAUAAAAUUCAAUGGAGCCCCAUUCCAUAUCUCGUAUCAUAAUCAAAGGAGUGCACACAUACAUUGCACCAAAAAUUGGCUUAGUAAAUAACACUACUCCUAGCUCUUUCUAAAUUGCAACUAGUGAAUGUUUGUAAAGACUUUUGGUUGGAAAAUUCGCUUUAGUUUGUUUUGUUAAAGGGUAUUGUUUAUUGUUUGUCUCACAGUUGUUACUUGGAUAUUGAUCGCUAUGCUUUGACUGUGUACUCCAGGUCUUUGUCACGCAAUAGUAUCGAUUUACUGAGCAGGACUAUUUGUAUCAUGGUGGUUGUUAGUGAUAAGUGUACAUGUGUAUUUAACUUAAUAACAGCUUAAGGCUUUACUACUUUGCACGUUAUACAGUGUAUACUUAAUAAGAACAACUGAAGUAGCAAGAUGGAAUGCCUAAGAUACAAUCCAUAUUAUUACUAUUGUACUUGUCAAUGCAGGAGACCAAUUUUGGUGGUUCAUCUUCACAGGCAGCCUCCAAGGCAAGUAUAAAUUUUUUCAAAGGGCUAUAUAGCCUUUUAAUUUUUGUUUGCUCUGCCAGUACUGAACUGUCUCCCAUUAAUUUUUCCCUUCUUCACUGAAACUUUCUAUACUGAAAUACAUUGUACUAUAAUAUAGCUGUGUUGCGGUACAGCAUACUGUUUAUCCAUGUUUGUACAGUUGUACAUGCGCAUAAUUAUACUCAGGAUAAAAUUUUCCAGCCUAGGUUGUUUCCAAGUUAAAAAAUUUUAACCAGAAUUCAGUUUUGACCUGUAACAUAUACACUGCACAUUAAAGAUACAUUUCUGUUUUUCUCUGUGCAAGAAGGCAUAAAAUUUAAAAAUGUUUAGAAGCAAUCAGAAGGUAUUUUGCUGAGGCAUAUCUGACUCAACCAAAAAAGCAAAAUAUUCUGUUAAUCUCAGGCUUGCUAGCAUUUAGGCCAUCUGAUUUUCUCAUAUUUUUAAAUUAUUUUAGUCUCAAUAUAAAGUCUCUAUUUGUAGCAACUGAAGUUUGUAAAUUUAUCACAAUUUUCUUCUUUUGGAGUGAUUUUACUUGAACCGUGAAAUAGGUAGUAGAAUACUAUGCACUAUUAUGCACUAAUUCUAUUGUCUUCUUUCGUUUAACUCUCGCUAUUUUGCACUAUUUGUUAGUAUCUGUUUCACGGUUCAAGUAAAAUCACUCUAUCACUGUUUAUGUAGCCAUGCAACAUACAUGUGUCGCCUGUUAUUAUUUUAUUGUUAGUUUAAGCCUUUUCUGCUUUUAAAAUCUUGGUUCCGGACUUGAACAGGAAGAACUGUCUCGCUCACAGAUUUUUAAACCAGGGCCUCAGGCCAAAUUUUGGAUAUACUAUCCUUAUUCUGCAAUACAGUUAACACCUGCAACUCCUGCAUUAGCCUAAACAGGUUCUUACAUAAAUGGUAAUUAGCACUUGAAUUUAGGCCAUUGAAUUAGGUUCUUGAAUACAGUAGGUUCCUAUUUUCUGAAGAAAAAAUACAUUGUAGCUGAGAGUAUUGGUGGUGAUUUAAACAGCUCAUUCCUUACUAGGUAAACUCAGUGUGUAUAUCACUACAAAUGCAGUUGAAGUAUUAAGGCACCUAUAUCUCCAAAGAGGAUCCAGGAUGUUGACUUAUCUUAUAAAUUAUUUACCCAAGUGUACAGAUUUUUUAAAAUAGAUUUUAGAAAAUAAGAACCUGUUUCAAAUUUUAGGCUUAACAGGUAAAAAUAACUCUUGUAUAGAGGGGGCCUAAUUCUGGCAAAUUUUAGCCUAACAUGUUCUUAAAAGCCAGGUUCUUAGUCUUGGGUUCUCACUGGACCCCUAUCCCAUUAAAAAGCUAAAGUGAUUACAUUAAUUUACAUGCAUAGCGUGAGCCAGCCCGUCCUUCCAGUCUCCAAGAUGAUGAUGACCUACCAUUACCUGAAAGCUUUCUUGCUGAAAUGUUUAAGGAGAAGAGCUUUGAAGAUAAGGAAAAUGGUAAGUUUAUAGGUACAUGUGUAACCAGAUCUUAAUACCUUGGUGAAUACUCCAAACUACAGAUCACUGGCUGUUUUGAGAGAGACACAGGGGAGGGGGUGGCUAACCAAUAAGGCAAUACAGUAAGAAAAAUUGGCAAAUUCUAAAAUACUGUGUUAAAAAUGGGUGAAAUACUGAUACAGCAUUUAAGAUCAGUCAGGCUUACUGUAAGUUGUAUAUCCAUCUGGCAUGUUUAAUUAUCUAAGAUCAAGCAUGUACCAGCAGAAGAAAUCAACCUCAGUCAUUGCAAGAUAGCGUGAGCUGAGAAGACCUCAAAUUGCAAAGCCCAGUCAUUGGACGCAACAAAAAACUAUUUCAUUGUAGAUUAACUGUCAGAAGUUGUGUAAUCAAUUACCAUUAGGUCAAGAGAUGUAAGAAAAUUAACUUUUUUGUACCAGUGUAAAUGCUGCUUUCUGUGUUAUUGUGUUGCAUAAAUAUUGUAUUGACCUGUAUUAGCCUGAGGGUAUUAGAGGAGAGCAAAAGGGAACCGUACCACAUGUUUUAACAUGUGGAUUUGAAAAUAUGAAAUUACCAAAAUGCCACUUGAUAAAAACUCAAAACUGUGAACUUCAAUGCAUGUCCCUCUCUUCAGGGUGCCAAAAAUAAAAAUUCAGAAAGAAUGAAAUUAAUUGCAAAAGGCUGAAAACUACAUGUAAUUGCAAUUUCCUGCUUUCUGCCAAAGAAAUUUCAUUGGAAUGGCACAUCUGAUAGGAUUCUAUUGACUGAUACAAAAUUAAUAUUAAUUUAAAAAGUCUUACUGGUUGUCUAGAGUCUCUUAUACUAAAAUAUAAGCUGCAACUCAACGAGUCAUAACUGGCAUGUUGCUGACAUAGUGACAGAUUGGUCUUUGAAAAAAAGCAAUUAAAAUUUAGCAGAUACAUGUAAGCUGCUUAAUAAGCCAUUUCUGAGUUUCCCCAAUGCAUUCUCUCAAAGGGAUGCUAAGUGUGAAGCCACUGAUAUGAAAAUGAUCUUUUUUAUUCUCAUGCAAAUAAAACUCAUCUUCACAAGAAAGGUUAAAUUGUACUUACAGUAGCCCACUAUGAGAGUGAGAACUUCUGCAACCCAGAAAUGGCCUUUUUCUGGGUUUGUGGUGCAUGUUCAAGGCUGUGCACCAAGAAAAAUUGAAGGGAGUCUUGUAUUCUGAACCCCUGUUAAAUCCAGGGUGCCCAGCACAAGAUGUCUAUGAGAAAACGUAAAUUUUCUAGUCACCUGCUGGGUCAACUAAAGUUAGGUGCCAGGGGCCAUUGGGCACUGCUAGAGCUUAGUCUUGAUGUCGCCUGUUAUUAUUUUAUUUUUAUUUAUUUCAUGUUUGUUUUCAGUAAAAAAGAAGCUGAUUAGAGAGUUUCCAGGCGUUGAUGAAGUUGUUAUUGAGGUUGCACUUCGUACUGUAAGUUCAAACAAAUAGCAGUUUGACACUGUUGUUAUGUACUGUUAUAUGAUAAGCACUCCAGGCACAAUUAUUUCAGUAUUGGUUAUUAUAGAAAAAUUAUGCAGACAAGGAAAAUUGGCUGGUACACGUAUUUAUCACUUGGGUUGACCACCAUCUUUUGAAUGUUCCAAUGAUGCAGUUUUGCCACAAAGUACAUGUACCAUUUAAACGCUUCUCGCUUUGAACAGUCAAAACGCAAGUUCUUGAGAACCUCACAGUACUUGAUUUACAAAAAAGCACAUCAAAUACAUGUAUACUUUACCUGUAUUAUGAGAUAAAAAAUAAACAUGCCCUUCAUGUAACAGGUCUUAUAGUUGUAUCCUGUGAAUAUAGCUAUCUCUACGUUCCUAGUAGCAAAGAGUGUUCUCUUUUGUAUUCUAAUUCUGAUUCUUUUGAUAUUUCAGGCCAAACAUGAUGAAAGCAAAGCCAGGGAAAUAGUGAAGAAGUUGAAAGGUAAUUCUUCACCAUCAGAGUCCUCUAUGGAGGCAUCUAGUGUGGGGUUUACUCUUCAACAGAACUUCACAUAGUCUCUUCAGUUUCCUAGUUAAUAAAAUAAUAAUUCUUUUUCUUUUUUUCACAUAAAAAAUUUUCUUUAAUCUGGUUGGCCUAGAGCAAUGCAGUAUGCAAAAUCAAGGAAAUAGAAAUGAUAAUAUCUUAUAGAAUGGAGCACUGAGCUUGCCCAAUAACCCUUUAAGUCCCAAUAGUGACUAACAGCAAUUUUCUCCUAACGAUAUCCAUACAUUGUCAUGAGAUGAGGUUAUGAGAAUUAAUAAAAUGAUCAUCUAAGAGAAAAUACUUCGAUCUUUUAUCAAAUUCUCUUAACUAAUUCUUAAAGGAAAUGUAUAGAGAUCAGUUUGAAGAAUUUGUAUGUGGAUAUUGGAGCUUCAAGGGAUAAACAAUAGAUAUAUGUACAUAUUAAAGGGGCUGUGUCACGGCAGUCCAGUUCAUUUUGUUUAAUUUUGUGAAUUACUUGCCCUCAAUCUGUAUAGAACUUAAAGUAAGCAAAGAAAUUAAAAGUAAAUGACAAAAUCAGAGAUCCGAGACAAACAAAUACAUGUAUGUGUCCUGAGCAUUAUUUUUGAAGUUGCAAGCAGUAAGGAUCAAAUUUGAAAAACUGUUGGGCUGAAUAGUUUUCAAAAACUCUAAUUUCAAUCCGUUUCAAUCUUCUUCAGUUUUGCCCAUCCGUGGCAUCUGUUGUAUCUGUUGUGUUAUUUUAACCUUCCUUUAAAGUUUUAAGCGCUUAUUUUUAUGUUUCUCUAAUUUAACGGGCAUUUUGUAAUUUCCUAAUUUGGCUGAAUUUCGUGACACAGCUGCUUUAAGAACCUAUCAGGUGCUGCAAUCUUUAUUGGCCACUUCGAGGUGAAGCAAGGGGACCAAUUUUGAUGCAGUAAAUUUUUUUCACAUUAUUUAAGGGUAAUCAUACGACUUUUCUCAUCCAAUUUGGAUUUUAUUUGCGUUUGUGUGAUUUUCAAAAAGCUCUAACUGCAUUUGCCCUACCGGCUCAGCAUUUUUGAUACAUCUUGAAAAACACAACCGUGAAGAAAAUUUUAAAUUAAACUGAAAGUUGUAUGAUUACCCAUACAAUAUUAAGAAUGGCCAGUGUUUUUUAUCUAGGCUGGGUUUUUGUCCUGUCCUCCUUGUAAAAGGGAUGGUGAUGCUCAUUGUCUCCAUUAGGAUUUAAAGUAAUAUAAAUUUUGGCACAUGUAUCACCUAUUUGUGGUGAUGAGAGUGGUCAUGAGAAUUACGGACAUGAUCAGGCAAGAUGAAUUUGCUUGAUAUUUUAUCAAUUUCUCCCCACUACUUCUGUAGGAAAUGAAUAGAGGCAACAAAGGAGAAUUCAAAUUUUGAUGUUAGGGUUUCAAGGGUUAGAGAAUGGUCUCCUUUAGGGGUCAAGUCAAGCCCGAACUCCGCCCAGAAGCUCAAUUUCGAUUUUCUGAUGAACAUUUUCGUCCCUUUAAUAUAGAAGUCCUUCCCCUGUGUUCUUCAAAAACCAUAGCCUGCGAAUAGGUUCUCUUGUGCGAAUUGGGGAAAAUUUUGGUGGCCCUGAACCGGCGCGAACUCGCCGGGAUGGCCAGCUCACCCUUCCACAACCUCGCACAAUCUAACCAGGUCGCAGGUUGCCCAAAAAAAACACCCUGUUUUGAACGAUGGUGGUUGUCGAUGGUUUUAUGUAUAAAACUACAUUUAUAAUAGCAUUUCUAAUAGUUGUUAUUCAUUCAUUCUGUUUAUUUUGCUAGGUGAUGAAGACAGCAAAAAGGGCCCUGCAAAGUGAGUACAAAACUUUCUACUAAUAAUUAAGUGAUUUUUUUAAACUAGCAUCAUCGACUUUAAUUUUUUGGAAAAUAAUUGUUGGUACCACAAAUGAAGACUGCUCAUAUUCAGCCUUCACACUCCAGGUCCAAAACGACACCCAGCUGUUCGAGCCGCUAAAUAGCAUUUAUUGUCCAUGAAUGUAUACCCUGUUUAAAACUCAUAACCCUGAAAACCACAUCCUGUUCAGUGUGCCUGAAUUAACAUAAUUCACAUGGAUUUGUAGACUUUGCAGUCACUUAUCGUACCGAAGGGUUUUCUCGUACCAAGCUGAAAUCAGGCUCUAAUUUCGUUUCCCUUGGUAAAUAGAUUUCCGGUGGGCAAUGCGAAUCGAAAAGUCUUACAUUUAGUAGAGUGUAUACCUGAAUUACGAGUGUUUGCGAAUCGAUCAAAUUUUUUUGCAUCACUUGCAUGUGCAUUCACUAGCCUACGAAAAGACCGAAAACAGCCGUCUCUCCCUGCACCUCGCCGUGGCACCAAAUGGACCUUCAACUCAACACCAGGUCCUUCGAGACCACAUACAUCGUACCAUGCAUAUCAGUUGGAAGAACAAAAGCAUCCCCAGAAUGUGGACAGACGUUACGAAAAAUCCCGCCACAGUCAAGUCCCUUUUAAUAUAGUGGACGCUCUACGGACCUGGAGUCACGCCGCUCCACUCAUGUGCCGAACCUAACUAAUGAAUUCAGUACGGCAAGAGAGUGGCGAUCUGAAUCAAUUUGGUACGGCAGGUUUAGUUUGGUGCGGCCUUUUGUCGAACUUAACUUAGGCUCGACCUCGACACACGGUGCGCCGUAUGAAUCACAUUUCGCGCCAGUGUCGCUCCAAAGUCAAUCGUAUUCAGUUAGAUCCGGCAGAUGAAAAGUACGACGUCUUUUCGUUUCUCCGUUCCUGAUUGGCUCAAAUGUCUUUGCUAAUUCUUCAUAACCAGCUAGCAUUGACCAAUUAAUUUGGAAGGCGUUUGCGAUAUCCAAUAAAAAUGACGUCAAUAGUACAAGAGUACAAGUCUAUAGUACAAGUCUCUGAGUACAAGGUAUGGACAGCAAAAGGAUCCAGCGGUACAUGUACCGUGCAGUCGAUUUUCUCUUCGGAUUAAAUCCGUUUUCGUUUGUUACCAUUUUGGCCCCGGUUGUUCAAACGUUGGAUAGCGUUGCCCACCGGAUAAAAAUCUAUCCACUGGAUAGCGCAAUAGGUUUGCCUAAUACUUAUCCACUGGAUAGGGAUUUAUCCCAUGGAUACCGCUAUCCAACGUUUGAACAACUGGAGCCUGUAGGUUAAGCAUGUGACAUCGCUUGGUGCAUUGUAUGGGCCUUGUGAUUCGUCUUAUUUUCUUCCGCAAUUUCCUUGGUAUGUUCAGUUUGAUUUAACCUUCCCCUCGUUGUAAAAGGAAACAAGCAGGAAGGUGUCGAUAUUUUAGUUGUCAUGUUUAUGGUGUGGUGCCCUGUGCCGUUUCCUCUUUGCAACUUACACUGCAUUUACCAGAAUCAAGUUUCUUCAGCCUCUGUAGAAUAUAUUUCAUGGACAGGUGAGAUUUAACUUGGAAUUAAAAUUGCUUUUUACAGGCAUACAAAGUAGCAAGUUAACGACACCUCGAGAAAUGUAGUUGUCUCUUUAAUAGGCCCUGUUUUUUUUUUCUGAUCAGUUACAUUCGGUUAGUUAGGUUGUGUUCUGUUCAGGAAAAAUACCUGUACAUUUACUUGGUAAAUCACCUUCAAUCAGCUCCAGCUCAAAACUUGGACUGGAGUAGCCUGCGAACCGCAGACGUAUUUCCGGUCGCCGCUUCUCUCCCUCCGGUGGGCGCCGAAAAAACCGGAUGCUCUUGCAGGCUAGGACCGGAGUAAAACAGUAGAAAACCAAUCUGCUCACUGCUUUUUGCGACACAUGCGAACCUUAUAGUAUCACUGAUGUUUUGAACUCGGAAACAUUUCGAUUACAGGAUCUCUUUCCUUUGUACCAAUCUUUAACAUUUUCGCAGUCGCGUGAUAAAUAGGAAACUCGGUCAGGAUCACGCAGGAACGUGUGGCCCGGGCGUGAUAUGAUAUAUCAUGUGAUACCUGACGUCGCGUGAUAGUUGCUGUCAUUUGUGUGAGAAGCUUAUGCUCUCAAUUAUUACUGUGCCUUAUAGCCCCCUAGUGGCUCAUUCAGGUCUCUUAAUACUGGUGUGUACACAAAAGGUUUUUCCUUGCGUUCACUCUGAACGAAAAAGAGACAACCAGCUACUGUUUGUAUAAAAUAUUGUGUGAUGUCGAUGAGCUGUUUUGCCCCGCUCACCCCAGUCCAUGAGUUACGCAACAUCUCUGGGAAUCAAAUUUCGACGAUCCCUGUUCAAACGUUUUCAUGCAAAGGUGAGAUUCUAUCUUUGGUCGUAAUUGAUUAAGCAAUGGCCGAAAAAAAUAGCAUAGUCCAUAAACUAUUACACAAUUGAAUUCUGAGUUAAAGAAAUAAGCCUAGUUAAAAUUUUAGCAGCGAUGUUUUGUGACUCAGAAUGACUGCUUAAACUCUUUCCCUGAGAAUACAAAUGCUUACCCUUUUACUGUUCAGUACUAUUUUUGUUGUAUCGUGAACAGGUUAUACCGGCCAACGUUUUUACAAAAGACCUAUUCGGCUAACUCAAUGUUGUACCCAAUUCAAACCCUUUGGGAAUAAAACUUUUUGUUUCAGGCAUUUCCAUACAUUUAAAAGAGAAUGCAGCAUUAUAAUGCAAAUACAAUACACAAAGAAUCUUAACCCCGGGAGAUUUGAAUUGGGUACAACAUUGAGUUAGCCGAAUAGAUCUAUUAGGUGUAUGCAACAUAGGAGAAUUGUGCGAGGGGGCAAUUUUUUGUAAGGUCUUUUAGAGUGAGAGGGCGCUGUGUGACUUCUUCCUCAUUACUGAUCGGCAAGCCAACUCAUGAGUUUGGUUUCAAUAAUCGAUGAUGUUAAAAAGGCAAGGCGAGAAUAGGCUUCAAAAUACUAUUCAUUGCAUUAUCACGCGCGGUUUUUAAGCACUCACGUGUAUCUAUUGGCCGGAUUUGCAACAAGUCUAAAGCCGGUUAAAAAAUCACGGUCAUUUAAAAUAAUAGCCUGUAAUUGGCCUCCUUGCCUUUAUUCCAUAUCCGUCUUAUGUCUUCCAUUGUUUGCGUAUCAGUUUUAACGCCAUUUUGUUAAGUGAUCAGUACUCGAAGGAAAUAAAAUCGACCAUAUGGCGCAAAAAUCAGUUGCUUUUACUUGGCUCAGGAACUUGACCGGCUUAAUGGUGAUGAUGAUCAUAAUAAUAAUGAUCGUCUAUUCAACCUUUUUGCCGCAUAAACUGAAUUACAAGACGAGUCAUUAAUUACAUACAAAUACUUCGGAAUUAUGACACGUAAAUAUAACUGUUAAUAUUAAGACUUAAUAUAUAGAUUUAGCCAGGGCUAAAAGCGAAGCUCCCAUUAAUAAAUUUAUAAUUUAAAUCAAACAAUCAAUAAACUUGUGAUCCACAAAUCAGUUAACUUGAGGGCACAUUCAUGUGACUUUUGAGGGAAAGGCUAAGUUGUUUUAGAGUAAAACAUCUUACAUCGAGUUGAUAGCCUUAUAUGUACACCCAAAAAAGAGCAAACAUCUUCGAUCACAUUCAAAAGCCAUAAUGGCUCUUGAUCAUAGCUGUAGAUAAGGCCUCGAAAACAAAUUCUAGGAAAACAAAUCAGGCUGAAUUUUUUUGAUUUCGACAGGUUUACUUUACAAAUUCUUGCCAACAAAUCUGGGGGUGUGUGAACCAACCUUUUAUACUUUUUAUACACGAUCUGAGGUGAAACAGUACGUACAAUUUAUCAUACAGACCUCGGACAGAACACGGUAUUUCACAAUUUUUCAACACAAAUUGCACUCAGUCAAUGUUCGGGACGAUCAAUCGUGGGCUUUUAGCGAAACCGUUAAAAAAAAUUUCCAAAAUCACUCAUUAGGCCGGCCGGUUCUCGUUUCUAGUGCGAGCUGUCAGUGUAAUCGAGUGUUUGAAUGAACUUUAAAAGAGUUACGUUUCAACAUAAUAACGAAUUUAUUAUUACAAUUUUUUGUUAUUUAAUGGUUUCAGUUAUAACGAUGUGUAAUCUUAUAAAGCGUUUGAUACGCGCGACAUUUUUUUAAAGUACUCCUGCAAGCGAUGUUCAUGAACGAUGAAAACAAACGCCACGGACGAGCGAUUAAAAUUGCAAGAGAGUACUAACAAUCAACAAAAGAAAGAUAAUUCGGUGAAACAUUUAUAGAGACAACAAUUUUCAUUCACGAAGACAAGUAUUAAAGUGUCUCUAAAAAUUGUGAGUCUUUAAACUUAAAAGUUAAUUAUGUUUUACUGUAAUUUCAGCCGGCCUCCCGGUGUUUGUUUCUUUCAACGAUGCCACUUCUCGAAGCAAGAAAAUCGCUCAAAGUUUUCUUUCUACAGCCAAAUUUAUAGCUAAAUAUUCUUCGGAACGUUUUCUUUCUAUUUGCGGUGAGAAAAUAUAUCUGAAGGCUUUUCACAGUUCUGUAAGCUUAUAUCAAAACUGAUACUAGGUCAGAUCAUUGACUCAAAUCUUACAAACGUGCAUAAACUUGCUUCAUAAACUGUGCUCGACUUCAUGAAAUUAGAUAUAACAAAAACAAACAUCAAAUACAAUAAUUACUCAGGCUUACCAUUCGAGAUUCGGUUCCUGAAAGAUAUCAUGGAAGGCCACAGUUGCUUGAGACUUUUAAGCCCUCUUACGCAUUAAGCAAGGUGGAAAACGAAAACGAUGCCAUCCGAAAUCGGAUUACCGAAUGUUGACAAGCAAGGCAUUUCUCAACCAAAAACCCAAUAAACAAACCAGCCAUGAAUAACAGGAGACUCUUGAUAGCAGCUGUAUUUCAUUUUGUACAUCCAGUGGAGAAGACAGUUAAAUACAUCACAAGUUGACACAAAACUCUGUCAGCUUCUGCUCUCAAAGUAAACAACUUUCAUGAUGCUGCAUAAAUUUCCGCAUGAACUCACCUGUCAAUUUUUGACCAAUCAGAGGAUAAAAAUUGGACGUAGAGCGUGACCAACGCGUGACCAUGGUAAUAAAAGUUCUUCCCCGCCUGUAUUUAAAAAAAUGGUUGAAUUUUCGCGUCCGGGGUCAGUUUGAAAUCAAAAUCUUAACAGUGCGGGGUCAUAGUGACAUAAACACAACAUAUUUCAUAUGAAUCAUUGGAAAAAAUGAACUUGAGCCUACGAUCAUUUGAAACUGGUAAUUUGUCAGCGGAUAACUUCAAAAAAUACUCGACCUCGAUGGGUGAACACUUGAGCCCGCGGUACGGUCAGGUGAUACUGGUCAGCGGGUGCCCUCUUUUGACAGCUGUCAAUUGAUCACAACAUUGAUGUGUAAUUAGUUUUUCCUUGGGCUCCCAAACUAGCUAGAAAGUGUGAGAGUAGACAUUGGUUUCCCUGUGGUUCGGACGGACGGUCGUACGGUCACGUGAUUACCAAAUUUUCUCGAAUGGGUAGAUUACCACAUUUCCUUACCUAUGGGGCUCCGCCCACGCUCGCGCGCUUCGCGCGCGGGUGGAGCUCCGCUAUCACAUUUCGGUAUUUUAAACGUGAUUCUGGUAUUUGAUGGUUCAAAAAUUUCCAAAUCUGUUAGUUCUUGAGGAGGCAAGCGCAGAAACAGUUUCUCCUGUUCAAAGGGCAUACGGUCUUGUCUGUGCAACUCGCCGCACUAAGUUUCGUAGCAGGUCGGAAGAAGAGUAACUUCGCUUGAGAAAUGUUAUGCACGCAUCCUCCCUCCUCUGGAGCAGCAGAAUUGAGCCUGAUUUCUUGACCGCGUCCUCGUAGCUCGGAGAAGGAAAAAUAAUUUUUAGCGCCCUCUUUUGUAUUGAUUCAAUUUGAUCACUUAAGUAUUGCGUGAGGUCAGCCCCGCGCAAGCGGGACUCGCAUACUCUAACAAUAGACAAGAAUAAGCUGCCUAUCAGUUAGUAUGAUGAUAAUAAUAAUAAUAAUAAUAAUAAUAUUCAUAAUCGACUUUGUUGAGUUGAAAAACAAUAAGAAUAGUAAAUCAUCGACUCGGAUGUGGCAUGUCCUUUUGACACGCGAAUUACAGAAAAAGAACGAGAGAAGAUUGACCACUACCAGGACUUAAAAGUGGAAAUACAAAAAGCUGUGGAACUGCAAAAGCGCAUCUGUUUUUCUAGUUGUAAUUGGGGCACUUGGGGCGGUGACCGAAAACUUGAUGAUGUGGGUUACUUAGAUAGGAACACCUGCGAUCCUGAACUUACUCCAGAAAGCCUGCUUGUUGGGAACAGCAAAGAUCUUAAGAAGGACUCUAGACACCUAAGGCUAUAGGAUAUAGCUUGACGGAGCUAGGGAUACGUGACCACCGAUACAAUAAGUGGUGUGAGAUAUGAACAUUUAAAAUAAUAAUAAUGAUAAUGAUUACGAGCCUGAUUACCCUUAAUUAUACGACACGAAGUCCUAUUGUCAAUUGCGAGAAUCUCAGGACUGGAAUAUUUACUAAAGUGCAAAGUUCAAAUCACAUCAGCUUACAGCUUCUAAAGCAAAAACAUGGAUUACAACUUAUCGGGUUAUGGAGCUCAAACUACAUGAACGUUUUAAAAUACUUAUUUAAUUUUAACCAAAUUGAAGGUGUCUAGAUACCAGAUUGUUUUAAUUGUUUUUUAAAGCUUAAGUUAAAUACAAUAUACAGUAACAGAGAGAGAGAAAUAGAAAAGAAAGGUAGCGUGGUACAAGAAAAGAUACAAUUGGUACAGAGGGUAUUACAAUUCCUGGUUUGCAACCACGUGACAAGGCGGCCAUAUUGGGGUUCAAUACAAUAGAAUUUUUCUCGAAGAAUUUGUAUAGGUAAUAGCAUGAUUUGUAGUGAUAUUUGGCAUAAAUACCACGGGUGAUAUUUCGAAAUUGUUAUACGUAAUUUCACGAGCCGUCAGGCGAGUGAAAUUUGAGACAAUUUUGAAAUGUCACGAAUGGUAUUAAUUGUUUAUACUACUACCCUUACAAGGUUUGUAAUUUUAACAUGUAGGUACCGGUAUUUCAAAUUAAGCUGAAAUACCACUGCUCUAAGCCAAUCAAAUAUCAGAAAUUUCUCAUGUAGUAGUAGUAUAAACAUGAAAAUAGAGUUUAGUUCCCAGAGGAGAGAAAUGCUUUUCUUCUUGACCACCAACAUGGCCGCCCUGACGUCACGUGUAAGCCAGCAAUACUAAUCUAACUUAAAAGCUGAUAAAAAUCAACUGAACAUGCGAGAAGAUAUCUCUUUUGAAGGUUUAGUAAGCCUUUCACUUGCUUAAAAAGUAAAGCAAUAGUUCGUAAAGUAUACAUGUGUUCCUAAAUGCCAAACUUGUUUCCAGUACCGUGGUAACCCCACGGUUAAUGCGCGCGUAUCGCACUUAUACCUUGACACCCUUUGCACCAGUUCUGACUGGCAGCAUGACUGUGUUCAGUAUAUUUCCCAAAAAAUUAAAGAAUUUAUACACGACCCCUCAAGGUACCAAGCUUUAAAUGUCCACGUGCAGAAAUAAAGAUUGGUUGAUUGAUUGACUCAGUGAUAAGUCGAGAUUUUCUUUUUGUGCACAUAGGAAAAAACAAGAGCAACCGGCCAAAGCUAAAACCCAAGCUGCGCAACCCUCGAAGCCCAGGGCGUCUACUGAAGAUCUUAGUAAAGCUAAAGGCAAGUCUACUGCUAAAGCGAAAUCCGCCAGUCAAGAAUCUUUAAAUAAGGCCAAGGCCACUAAUUUGCCAAAGGCUGCCAAGUCCACCAGUCCAGCAGUUACUGUUGUUGCUACACCGCAGCCACCACCACCCCCGGCUGCUCCAUCCAUGUCCUUAGCAGGCCUGAUCAGUGAUUCCAGCACAGGUGGUGGUUCAAAGUCCAUUUCGGAGAUGACUGGUCGCUCUGUAAAGAAGCCAUUAGACACGCAAGCGAAGCAAUCACCGCAGUAAGUGUGUUUUUAAACCUGUAUCAAGCUGACACCUUCUUGAAACGCACAACUGCCCACAUUAUAACCAAAAACAGGCUUUUGUGAAGGAAAAAAAUAAAACUUAGUGACCAUUGUCUCCGACUUAUAGGAAGAGUACGUUUAAUCCAGGUUUUACUGCAAUUUUUUUUAUGUUGCUCGUGUACUCAUUGGUAAAUCACACAAAUUCGACCCUGGUUAGCAUGACUCGAUAAUUAUCUUCCGAACUAGAAUUGUCCGUGCAUUUUAUGAUUGUUUCAUAUUUCUUAACUAAACAUGACCGCGCGUAUCCACAGGUUAAAAACAGGUUAAAUGGAACCAGUUUCAGUACACAUAUACAUAUUAAAACUGGACCAGGUGGAAGAAUUCUGGAAAAAAUAUUUUUGUUAGUCCUCCUUCUCUCUGGUGCCUUCAUACUGUGGAUUCACUGGUUUCUGGAAAAAACUUUUUUGUCUCUGUUUAAUUUUUUUCAUCUCUUAGGAAGAAGAUGUACGUUGGAAGUGGCAAAGCCUACAAGUCUGCUUUGCUGUGUGCCCCCAGUGGACCAAACCCAGCUAAUGCAAACGGGCCAAAUCCACUGUUACUUUUGUAAGUGACUACAUACUAAGGACGCGUUUCUUUGAGGGAUUGUUUACAUGUAAUCCAAACACGGCUUUUGCGUUUCUUUACUUAAAAACAAAAAUGGAUUUUUAAUCGAAAGAAUCAUGAUUCAUUGUUUUUAUUGUUCGCCGUUUCAAUAAUAGGGAGUAGGGAAAACAGUGGAUGUUUAAUCGAAAGAAUCCACACUGCAAAUUAAUCUGAAUCCGGACCUUUGGGAUUUCUGAUUUCCAGCCGGGCGUCAGCACUUUUUGGUUGACGGAUAUUCGAAAAAGGGUCUUCCGGCAAGCUGGUUUCCCAUGAUAAUAUUAGCUUGAAAAUAUGCUAUUAAAAAGCAUAUGGAUAAUGAUAAUGUUGAUAUCAUGAUGAUGAUGAUGACGAUGAUCAUUUUUCCAUUCCAACAUUGGUCCCCACCUUGUCUACCCUGGGUUCCACAGGCUUUUCAUGCGCGGUUUCCGGUUUCGGUUAAGUAUUAAAAAGUGAGCCACGCGAAAAGUUUUUUCGAAAAGUUUUUUCUCGCGGCUUCGCCACUCGUGUCUUCGGCCGAAGACUUGUCGGCCUGCGGCCGACGAAGCUCCUCAUCACACGCGAGAAAAAACCUCUGUUACCCAGGGUACACCUUCCCAUAAGUGACCACUUUCCCACAGCUCUCCCUUCGUUGGCCGUUGUGUAGACUUAGGUACAAGUCGAGUUCAAUUGUUUUCACGAGCGCUAAGCACGAGCGGUAGAUUUUUUGUUUUCUGCGGCAAAAGCGAGCGAGAGAGCGGGAGCUCGACUUGUUUCCCCUGCAAAAAAUCGCAUCAAGUGACGCAAUUUUGGCGCGAACUAUUUGCGUCCCUGUCGCGUGUGUCGUCGCGAGCUGUCAAACUAUGUCAAAAGAAACAAAUAACGGAAACAUAAUUCCGAUAAGAGAAAGUAGAUAAAGUAAACAAAAGGGAAUGUUCAAUACAAAAAAAGGGUAAUGAAAAAAAGUGCCGUCUUGCCAUAUUUUGUGGGUUAAGUCUUCAGACGUUUCCUUCGUCAUUGGAGUUCAAGUACGUGAGAAUCGUUGCAGCUUAGCAUGCGCCAUGAAAGAAAGCUUAAAAAAAUAAAAACUUUGUAGUGCGCGCGCUCAAAACAAAACAAGUCGGUAAUGUAUUUUCGCUGCAUUUCUGCCAGGAAAAUCCGGCCUUGGUAAAGUACUCAAAUGGAGGAAGUUAAAACGCCCACUGUAAGAGCUUUGUAUUUGAAUACAGGCGAUAAAACGAAGGGAGGGGGAAUACAGCCCGCAAAAAAAUACACUCUUCAAUCGAAUUUGGAUCAAAACAGUUCAAGUCACGUUUAAGGUGAUUCCAUAGUAAAAGAACCUAACAUAGAUUGUAGCUAAAACUUGGUACACUGAUGUAACAAGUCAAGAAGACGAUAAAAAAGUAAUAAAAAGUGGGGUCACCGUGCUCGUUUUGACGUCACAAUGCUGACAAAUACGGCUAUUCAGGACCUUUUUACAAGAACGGCGGCCAGCCCAAAACUAGACAAAAACGAGAGAUUUUUUCGAUGAUGCAUGUGGCAUCACGCAGAAUUUGACUUUAAUGUAUUGUUUAUCCACUUACGUACCAGAAAAAUGCCUUUUAAUGCCCUUGUUUUUACUUCACGCUCCAAAGUAGAAUUAAAUUGGACGCGCGCUUUUCGACCCAUGAUGGCUCAAUCCGUACAAUUUAGUAAAAUUGCCAAAAAACUGAACAUAGAUUUGUGCCAAUUUUUUUGUCAUCGAAAUCAAGCACUGUCCUUAUUAAAAUCAUGAAAUAAAAAAUGGGCGUCACCCUACUCGUUUUUGCGUAGAGCUGCAGAAAGUGCGCACCAAACGCAUUUUCUCCGAUUUUUGGGAGAGGACUGGGGCGAGUUUCAAAAUAGAAUGUAUGUGAAAGGGGGAAGAAAGUAUUAAAAAAUCCGUUUUUACAGAAUUUACAUCGAGAUAUCACAUUUAGGACACAAUGUGAUAAAGAAAGUGUUUAAAUGAAAGCCAAAGUGAGUAAGCACAAGUUAAACAUCCACUAUCAAGGUUCUCCGAGAGGAGGUCGAACUCAGCAACACGCGUACUGCUUACGUUAUGCAUAUUCCCAACACACUGAGUCUCACCUCGGCAAGAAACAGCAGCAAGCAAAAAUUCCAAUAGCGUUUCUCUUCAGUCAACUUCACUUUAAAAAUAUUACUUCACAUGCUCUUUUUUACGGCGGCCAUCUUGUUAUGCCCAGUAAGAGAUGCGCAGUGCAAAACUAGGGAAUCACCUUAAUGUGGCGUGAUCGGAUUUGAUUGACGGCGCAUCGAUAAAACCCUUCAGGAUUGGAUACAACCUACAGGAGGAAAAUUGGUCCUGUAAAUUUGGCGCGCUGCAGGGAAUAAAAGUCCUUCGCGCUGAGCCGGCUGGGACCAGCUACAGGUGGAACCGGAAAUGAGAAGCGAAGGACUGAGAAAGUCUAGCCGUUGUGUAACGGUUUGACUGCAAUUUUUUUUCUUUUCUUUUUCCUUCAGGCCUGAGUGGGUACAGCCUGAGGGACCUCAGCGCCAAAACCGCAAGGGCCCGCUACGAGGUAACAGGCAGGGACCAGCCAAGCGAACUUUGAAUUGCGGUACGUGAAAAACGUGUCGUUCAAUUAAUAUGAAAUUUAAUGCUGCUACCGUCACAAAAUGUUGUUGUAUUCACACCUUGGGUACCGAUAAGUAACUGUGUACGUAGCCUCUCGGGCACCGGCUAGCGUGGGUUCUUGUAAAAAGGGGGCGUUCACAUUAGUGCCCAGUGAGUACCGUACGCGGGAAUUGUACCUGGGCACCAAGCGCUUUCCAAAAGUCAGAACUGACCGGCCUGACCGUGGCCGGACCGGUCAUUUUGAAAAUUAAAUAGGCUUUUCCCAAGAGUUUUUAAUAAAAAGCCAUCUCCUUCGUUCAUGCUUUUUAGGAUUUGAUCUGGUUGGAUAGUUUUGAUUAAAAGUGAAAUUCUCAUUACGACGGGAAGGGCCUGGCCGGUCAGUUCUGGCAAAUGGAAAGCGCCUCUAAGUCUAAAAUGCAUUUGAACGUUGUGUUUUACAGGUCCCCAAGCAAGUAACCGUAAUGGGCCCAUUCCUAAUGUGGCCAACGGAUCAAUUUACGCCAGGACAGCUUUGAUGUCUUACGUGUAG